AUGAAUUCCUAUCCUCCAGAACUCCUGACGCAACUUGCGCCAGUGAUGUUCGUCGCUGGACUAGAUCCUCCUCCAAACCCUCCUCUAAAUCCAUCCGUACUCGCACCAGCAGCUACAGCGACCUCCCCAACAACCCCAACCGCGCCUAUCGCUCCUCCGUCUAAACCACAAGACGCUUUCCAAGUCCUCACCCUCCGCCUUCGCGAUGCGCUACUUGCCCAACGCAAGAUGACGAUUUGGCAGCCGGAGAAGAACAAAGCCUUCCAGGUCAUCCUUGUAGAUCGUGAAGUUAGAUUUCCACCACGGAAACUCGUCCCGCCAGAAGACCCCCAGUAUUCGUCUGCGCACUCACCUUUGUCACCCCUUACGCCCACUUCGCCUCUCCACCCAGACGGCUUGAUAGCACCAAUCUGGAUACGCAAACACAUGUCACUUGUACCAUCUGUGUUCGUGCUGUUCUUGCGGAUAUACGAGCCCCCCGCACACGCUGCACGCAAUCCUUUGGACCUUCCGGAUGCCGAUCGAGAACGCGAAAGGGAGGCGGAGGAAAGGAGGAAGGACGCAGAGCUCGCUGCAGACGUUGCAGCGCGAAAGAAGAUCACGAACGAACGCGGAAUCAAGCUUACAGUAGUGCUGAUGGCGACGAGGAGGAUGCUAGACGAUCCUGCUUUGGACGCACGGUUGACGUUCAUCCGGAGACAGAGUGGGCUCGACUCGAGAGCUGCACUCUUCGUUCUGAGCCCAGUGAGCCCGUCCGAGCUGACCGAGUUCGUACGGAGUUUGCAGCAGGCUCUGUACGAACCCGCACUGGAGUACUACACGGCCCAUUCGAAACGUGUACGCCGGAAGCGGAACCGACAUUCACAGUCUGUGGCUUCGUAUCCAAAUCCGGUUGGAGGGCUCAACAUUGCGCGUCCAUUGAGACCAGAAGGAUGGACGGUGCGGUACGAGUACAAGAUGGCGUGUUUUGCAGAAUUUCGCGGUGAAGACGAGGUUGCACUCAAACACUUCCAGGAUGCGUACGAGAUGCUGAUCAUCAUGUUCGGGUCAACUGCGAUUCUUCCUCCACGGACGAAACGUUGGGCAGAGGCCAAGGUACUCGCUGAUUGCAUAAACAUCAAGAUCGUCAAACUCUACCUUUACAAUAACGAGCAUUCGCUUGCACUAUCGCAUCACAACACCCACAUACGACAGUUCGGCGAUUUCUCAAGAGGAUGGGGUAUUGGCGAGGAGACAUUCGAAUUUUGGAGCUGGAUAGCGCGACAGCAUCGUGUCCUCGCCGAACUCCUUGAACAAGGAACACGUUCCACGCUUGUCCUUCCCGUGCACAAACCCGUCGCACCCAGUACCGACUUGUCUCGUUCACAACAAACGAUACGAGCCGCUCCAGGCCUCGAAUACGAGUCUAUGCGCUCGCUAGGCAUUAACCCGAGCCAUGCACUUCAGCAUCCUGGUUUUUAUUACUACAUGGCUGCAAGAUGUACAGAGAUGAGACGAGAACGUUUUGCUGCCGCUCUUGAGGCUGAGAUGAACCAGCAACCAAUCACCCUAUCUCCAGGCUUUGCUAAUGAGAAGAAAGUUGAGCAUCUAGCGAUCAUCAAUGAGCUCUUUACGAAAGCGUAUGAAUUGUUCAAGAAGCAUUCUCCCGCCUCGAAUCAGGGACAAGGCCGCUUGACUUUAUGGAUAGCAUAUCGCAUUGCGAAAACAUACUACGACGCCGCCAAAUUCGACAUGGCAGUCCGAUUCUUCGAGCGGAUAGCAAAGACGUACCGAAGAGAGCAGUGGGACUCGAUGCUGAGGCCGCUGCUUUCGAUGUGGUAUGCUUGUGCACAGCGUCUAGGUGAUGUAGAGCUCAGCAUCAAGCUCUUGAUCGAGUUGCUCGGCCAAGAUGCCGUCGAGGAAGACGAUGCGAGCUCGUUGGAAGAGGACUUAUUAGCAGUUCUAAAGAGCACCGUGCCUUCUUCACCGGACCAAGCUCUGCUUGUCGAUCUGGCGGAUGCUCGACCAAUCUUCGAAUCUGACGUGAUAUUUUGGUCCUCAGAAGUCAAAGUCGACGAACCGGCUGCUUUCCAGCUCAGCUUGACAGCACCAAAAUUAGCAACCAUCUCCACCAUCCCUUUCUCUCGCCUUACGAUCCAAUUCUCGGGUGACCUACCCUCAAUAUCUGUCGAACAUGAGCCGUCGGAAGACGCGUCCGAACCUAAGGCUAUCCAAAGGGUUGAUCUUGGUGGCAUUACGUCGUCGGACGAGCGGUCUGUCCUCAAAGCAAACUUAAGGUGGGGCGUUGGGAGUACGGUUGUGUUUACGGGAUCGUUGGCUUCUGAGACGCCAACAGUGCUCAAGGCCACUUCUAUCGUUGCGACCAUCGAGGAGAACGGCUGGAAGGUUGAGGUUCCUUUCGAACCCCAUAAUACGCGACCAACGCCCAGUUCGAGAGCAAAGUGGUUGAGUUCUAUCGACCCACCGCGGUUUGUUCCAAUCAAGAGGGAGCAUUAUCGUUCGACGGCGGUAAAGCACAAAUCCCAUCUUCUGAACGUUGCCUUCCAACACCAUGCUCCAGCUUACCUUGACGAGGAUUACCCUGUCGAGAUCGAAAUCACCAAUACAGACUCGCGUGAUUUAGAUGUGGUUGUUAGCUUUUUGCUACAGCCUACAGAGAUUGGCCACGCUAUAAAUUGGAUAGUCGUCGAUGAGGAGCGGUCGACUAGUCUCAUCAAGGGCAUCCACCUCGGUGUAUUGGCUCCAGGAGUUAGCACCGUCAAGACUCUGCACAUCUUCCAUACGGGCGCUGGGGGUGACCGAAUGGUUGAUGUAUCCAUCCAAACCCGUACAGUGUCACCAACGCCAGACAAGGACGAGGAUGACCAAGAGGAUGAAGAAGAGGACGAAGAAAGCCAGACGCCCACAACUGCUCAUGAUACAAUGGAGCAUUUGAAGAUGCUCGUUGUGCCAACAGUCAAUCCGAUCAGUGUGGUGCAUGACGUUGCAUACAAGCGCUCUCUGACGCCUUGGACUGGCGUUGCGGACCUACAGACGUUUGAUGAGACGUUUUGGGAUGACCGACAAGGAGGUCAAGCUCUUGUGUCUGCUACGAUGACGUGCGCCGGUCCUUGGAGUCUGAACAUCGAGAGCCUGGAGCUGCAACGAAAGGACAAUAUGUGCGCCAAGGUGCUCGACUCAUCAACAGAUGUGGAGGACGAGGACAUGUUCCCGGCUGAGUACCUCGAAGGGGAUGAAUUCUGUGCAUCCUGUCGCAUAGCUUUCUCCUUGGAUGACAACGAGGACGCUGCUCAACAGGUUAUCCAGAGCCCAGGCCAGUUUGUCGUCACAUGGUCCAGAACCUUGCCAAAUGGUGAACACGGCCCGAAAGCGACGAGCUACUUUUCGCUUCCGCCGCUUCGACCCCCAAUAGACGACCUCAUUGCGCUUCUCGACGUUCCUCCUAAAGCCACCCUCCAUACGCCAAUCUCUCUCACGCUGACGAUCCGCAACUACCACCCCACGCGCUCGGCGAAUGUCACUGUGCACCUGGAGCCUGACUCGCUGGACGCCUUUGUGGUAGCAGGCAUAAGGAACGGUCGUGUGCCUGUGCUGCUGCCAGGAUCCGAGGAGACGCUGGUAUGGAGGCUGAUACCCCUUGAGUGUGGGUAUGUGAAGGUGCCCCGGAUCAAGGUUAUAGAUAGACGUAAAGCGGUCGCAGUUGGCCAGGCGUCCGGGGAAACGUCCGCGGGGGAGGGGUCAGCUGGGGACCCCGUUAAGGUGGUUGAUGUUAGACAUGACCUACGUCGGCCCAUGUUGAGUCGCGGCGAGGCCGAAACGGGGGAGGAGGGGCAGCUAUUUGGGGAUGAAGGCGAGAAAUUGGGGACCAUCCUUGUAUUACCUUGA